AACCUACCCAACCACUCAUUUCACACCUCUCUUAUCUCUAUAAAUACCCACAUCAACACAAGCUCCAGAAUCCACAGCAAAUUCGUUGCCCACCUCUAUAAUAUUGUUUACUUAAUUAACUCUUCUAUCUUGUAGGGGAAACUAUUUCCCACAUAAUAUGGCAGGGUCAGGAGAUGAAGUGAAGCUCCUUGGAGCAUGGCCCAGCCCCUUCGUUCUUAGAGUACAAAUUGCUUUAGAACUCAAGGGGGUUAGCUACGAGUAUCUGGAGCAAGAGAUUUGGGAAAAUAAGAGUGAGCUCCUCCUCAAAUCCAAUCCAGUGUACAAGAAGGUGCCAGUUUUGAUCCACAAGGAUCGGCCAAUUUGCGAAUCCGCGAUCAUCCUCCAAUACAUCGACGAAGUUUGGGCCGGAACUGGGCCCUCGUUGCUUCCAUCUGAUCCAUACGAUCGCGCCAUCGCGCACUUUUGGGCCGGCUAUAUAGAUGACAAGUGGUUUCCCGUCACAAGAGAUAUUACAAAAGCAGAGAUUAUAGAAGCAAAGACAGAAAAAGAUAAAGCAGAACCUGUAGAACAAUCGUUCGCAGGACUUACUUUACUAGAAGAGGCUUAUGAGAAAAGCUUCAAAGAAAAGCCUUUCUUCGGCGGAGAUAGUGUGGGCUACCUCGACAUUGUUCUCGGGAGCUUUUUGGGGUGGGUGAAGGCGAUAGAGAAGAUAUUGGAUAUGAAACUCAUUGACAGGACGAAGUUUCCUCUCUUAGCUGAAUGGGCGGAGCGGUUCUGCUCUGUCGCGAUCGUGAAGGAACUGAUCCCAGAAGUCGACAAGCUGGUAGAGUUUUUGAAGGAGCUCCAGGCCAUCUGGAAUGCUAAUACCUCGAUCAAUUGAUUUAGUACCAAAUAUUGUUGCCUAGAAAUUUGUCGCAAAUAAAAUGAAAGUGUUUAGAAAAUGAAUAAAUGAGAGCUUGAUGAUCAGCUGCACAGUAGUAAAAAGUAAACCAAGUGGUGUCUGUAGUAACGUGUAGUAUGCAUUUGUGUACGGAAAAACUUUAAAUAUCACUUUUGUAGUUUUAUACUUUUUUAUUUUAGUAUCCUGUAAUUUAAAGUGUA